GACGAGUCGGAUGGCCACCUUCGUCGACGCCGUGCUGCACCAGCCCGAGCUGUUUGUCGUCGUCACUGGCUACCAGGAUGGCGUUUGCCAAGGCGCCGCGACUCGAUUCCAUGACUUCCACCACCUUGUUGACUUUGAAGCGACGCAGGACCAGCGCGAGGGCGUCUACUUGCUCGACCCAGCGCUCUUUCACACCUCGUACCGUCAAUGUAACAUCCCAGAUGCGCCGCCCGAUGCUCUCAGCACGGACGAGCUCUACCUCAAUGUGCACAACACACGGGACCCUCGCUUCCCGCUGCACUUGGCGAUCCUCGAAGGCGAUCUGGCGGCGACCACAAGCAUCUUGCGCUGCCGCCCCGACCUCGCGUACCAAGAGGCCAUCGAAGCUGCGAUUCAACACAAGCGUCUCGACAUCGCCACGUACCUCUUGGAGCAGCGGGCGACGCAUGUGCCGGAGCUCAACCGCAACUUUGAAGACGAGUACCAAGGCCGGCCGUCGCGGCUUCUCGACGCCUGGCUGCCUUCAUGCCGCUCAACGCUCUACGAGAACAACCGACGAUCUCGCCCGUACAGCGCUUGA